AUGUUCAGAAGCCGCAACUUAUCAAAUCUAACCACCUUUUCAAAGGAUUUCUUGUAUGAAAAUGCUAAUCAUCAUAUUGAUUCAGAAGAUGAGCAAAUAUUAAAAGAUAAAGUCAAAAAAUUUGGAUUUCUGAAUAUGAUAGCUUGCAACUUGCUAUUGGCAGUAUUUAUGGUCUUUAUUGUUUGGGAGAAGAUAGAAUAACAAAGAUGGAUUUGUUUGAUUUACUAACCUCUUUCAUGUUUCAUUAUCGGAGUCUCAUUUGCUUUAAUGUACAUCAUGAGCUAAAAGUACAAGGCUUUCAGUUUAGUCUAUGGAAUCACUGUUUCUUUUGUUUAAGCUUUAACUAUUGAAGGUUCCUAUUGGGGAUAUAUUGAUAAUGUGGGAAUCACUGAUUCUCUAUUUCUUUAUCUAAUGGGAUUGGCAGCUCUGUCUAAAUUAAUGUAUUGCAAGAAAUAAUAAUUAAUAUUCCAAAUCCUAUUUGUUUUAUACACUAUUAUCAGAAGCUGGUACUAUUUUCAGUAUGUCUAUCCUUACUUAAGAUAUCUAACACUGUUAGUUUUCGGUAAUGCAUUCAUCUAUUUUAUGUCUAGAGAUGCGAUGGAAAGAGAUAGAGAAAUAUUCCUUCAAAAGAAUAAUAAAAAAAAACUCUUGAAGCUAUUUCAUACAUUAAUUAAAUCGCACCAUGAUGGAAUCACAAUAACUUAUGGCGAAGAAAUCUUAUAUUUCAAUUAAUAGUCAGUAAAAAUAUUUUCCACUGAUUAAAACGUUAUAAUCGAUGAAUCUUAGAAAGCUUUAGAUUUGGUAGCAUAAACCUGCCCGAUUGAGGCAUAAAAUAUUCGCAACAGAAUGAUAAAGAGAAUGCAAAGCUAUAAGGUGAAAAUAGAGAAAAUACAUUCUUCAAUAAGAACAACAGCAACAAAUAAUUAAGUUGCCCUAGAUGAUGAAGAGAAUAAACAUUUAUCUCUUUGGGACUAUAUUCAAAACUUUAAUCUGAGCUAUCAAGUUGGAUUAUUGAGAUGCAGAAAUAUAGAUUGGAAUGAGAAUGCUCUAUAUUUCAAAGAAAGGCAAAAAUCAGCAUAACAGUAAGAUUCAAAGCGCCUUUAAGUCUUCUCAAAUAUUAUUGACAAUGAGAAUCAAUUAUUUGUCGUAACAACAAUAAGAGAUAUGUCUCACUGGAUAGAACUAGAAAGGUAAAGACAUAUAUCAUUAGCAAAGACUCUUGCAUUCGCUUCAGCAGCACAUGAGUUCAGAAACCCUCUUGGAGCAAUGAUUAAUUCCCUAGAAUUAAUGAAAAACUAUAUUGAUAUGAGUAUGGCAGAAAAAUACUUCUUUACAGCAAAAAAUUGCGCCGAUAUUAUGUUGUACCUUGUUAAUGACAUAAUAGACUAUGGAUAAAUUGAAUCAAACUCUAUUAUCAUCAAUUCCUAAAAAGUUAAUCUUGGAAAUUUGAUGUAAGAAUGCAUUUAAAUACUCAAAUUCAGAGCAGACCUCAAAGGAAUCGAGGUAAAAUUAGACUUCUAAUAAGAGUUUCCAAUAGAAAUUGAGACUGACAUUGGCAGAGUAAAAUAAAUCCUAAUAAAUCUACUUUCAAAUGCAAUUAAGUUUACCAAUGUUGGUUAUGUCUUACUAAGCUGUCAUACCAAUGGAUCUAUUAAUGGUAUAGAAUAAUCUGAUGGAAAUAUUUAUCUUGAAGUAUAAGAUACAGGAUUGGGCAUUGAGUAGACUGAAAUGCCAACUCUAUUUUAGGCUUUUAGUAAAAAUCUUAAAAAGCGUUACGUAAACUAAUAAGGAUCAGGUUUAGGACUUUUAAUAAGUAAAAAUUUAGCCAAAGCAUUAAAUGGGGAUAUAUUGGUUAAGUCAAACAGUCCUCAGUAAGGUUCGACAUUCACUUUAGUUUUGCCUUAUCUCAGUAAAAAGCAAAACACCGAUAAAUUAUCUUAUUUGUUCGAGAAAUCUAACGAGGAAGAAUCCUAAAUUAAUGAGGAUUAACAUUAAGAAGAAACUUAAUUUAUGGACUAUAAUGUUACAGAAGAAGAAGAAAUAAGUAACAAAAAUAAUAAACUAAAUUAAGGGCCUAAGAGAAUGAGAUUGUUAAAAACAAAUGAGCCUUGUGCUGAAUUUGACACUCCUCCAAGAAUAACAACAAAAAGUGUCAUGUAUGAUUACUCUUUUGAUUCAUUGCAUUGGAAUAAAGUCUCUCAAAAAUACAGAUAAGAUAUUCUAGAAGAUUAAAAAGAUGCUAUGGUCAACUUUUACAGCUAGAGUUAUAAAUCAAUUCAGAUCUAAUCAAAUGAUUAGUUUCCAAUAUAAAGUGAACCUCUAUAUUAAUGCGAAUGCUCUUAAGUCUUAAUAGUAGAUGAUGAUCCAUUCAAUAUUAUAGCACUUGAGGGAAUGCUUAAUCAGCUCAAUAUAACAUAGGUUGAAAAGUGCUUUGAUGGUUAAUCAGCUUUGAAUAAGAUUACUAUUAACUUAAAAUCUGAUCCAAUUUCAACUUUUGAUGAUCUAGAGAUUCAAAAACAUAGAUUAUGCGAACAUCACAGACCUUAUAGACUGAUUCUUAUUGAUAAUCAAAUGCCAUUGCUCACAGGAUUCUAGGUUAUAUAAAAAGUAAGAUCAGAGUAUUAAGAUAUUAUAACAAAAUAUGGAGUUAAGAUAAUUAUGAUAUCAGGUGACUAUGAUUUAAUUGAAAAUAGGGAAUAUUAGAGAGCUUUUGAUUAUCUUUUAUAAAAGCCCUUGUCCUUUUUAAAAUUGAAAGACAUACUAAAAAGAAUUGGGUUUAAUCAAUGA